UUCGUUUAACCAGACCAUGGGAACCACAUAUAUUUUGUUGAAUUUUUGAUCGAUUUUUCACUUAGGCUUUGGACGUCUUCAAAGGAGGACGAACUUUUUUGACUGUUUCAACUAAACUUUUUGCAAAAUUGAGUCUAAUCAAGAAACUCCGAACGAUGAGGAGCAGCAGGAGCAGCAGCAUCAACUGCAGGCACCAUCGUCCUUGGAAGCAGGUGCACGUGCAGGUCCUCCAGAAAUUGCUGUUGAAGAAGUAGCUGCUGAACCCGAAGGUGAGCAACAUAUGGAGAACAGUGAUCACAACGAACAGCACAGUCAUGAACAAGAUCAUGAUCAUGAUCAUGAACCUGAGCAUGAGCCCGCACAUGAUCAUGAAACCGAAGAAGAGGAAGAACAGGAAGAGGAAAUAUCCGAAGAAGAUAUGCUACAGCGCCGCCGGGAAGAAUGCGAACGAAAGGCGCGUCGCGGUGAAAUGGAUCCUCGGUUGGAGUUUACUUUCCAGCUACUGAUGGAUGCCACCGGGUUGCCACGCCAUCAGAUCAUGGAUCACAUCUUCGAGGGAAAUAUGCUGGACGAAAUAAAUCAACUCUUUCUGCCGAACAUGCGCAACAAGCUGAUGUGGUUUUAUCAGGAAGUAGAUGAAGUGGACAUGCCGGCCGAGCGUGACAUCAACAAACCGGGUCCAUCUCGGGCAGGAGCUUCCAGUUCCUCCAAAACACCCCAGAGUGCGAUGAGUGGAACGGCUCAGAGACCGCACAAGCUGUUCAUAACCGAUGGUUGGAGUUGCGCAUUCACCGGCAUAUGUAUCUACAUGUUUCGCAUCAACAUUCAGAAGCAGCUGCCAGAGGAAGGAUUUCACAAGGACUUGUACUGCGGCUAUAUAGACGCGAACCGAGUGGGCCUGGUGACAUCGAUCGAACGCAUCGUCGAGCAUGUCUUUAUGCAGGCUCUGGCAUAUCCCAACAUCGAAUCCGAAGAUGAGGAGAUGAGUUGUAAUCUGGUCAAAUCGCAGCUAUUACCAGGAUUGCGCUCAUUUUGCAGUGCUUUGCGCGUCUGUGAGCAAGUCUGUAAUCAUUUUAACGUGUUUGAUGAUGGGAAGGUAAUUGUCUGCCGCGUCGAUACACUGGCAGAGGUUCGCGAGAUGUCCAAAAGUGCGUCCACGUGUGCAGAGCUGGAGGAACGGGUCAACAAUUGGAUUAAAGGCAUCGCGAAGAUUCUGAUGGAAAGUGAGCAGCUGAGAAGGGAAAAUGACUCUAGCGGACCGCAGGAUGAGCUGGAAUACUGGAAACGCCGUGGAGCGCAAUUUUCCCAACUGCUGUCGCAUCUGCAGGAACGUGAGGUUCAGUGGACGUUGUACUGCUUGUCGCAGUCUGGCUCAAAGGUGUUGAAGCAAUGGAAAGAGACCGAUAAGAAGAUUACGUUCUGCUACAAUGAAGCACGCGAUAAUUCCAAAUUCAUUCAAGCGAUGGAAGCUUGUUGUCACUCUCUUUACUUGGACGAUCCUGUCAACAUGAAGGAGUCGAUCGUGAGCCUCCUGCAAACCGUUAGAUUGAUCUACAGUGUGUCACAAUUCUACAACACUUCUGAGCGAACGUCUACAUUGAUGGUGAAAAUUACCAAUCAGAUGAUUGAAACCUGCAAAUCGUACAUUACCUGUAGGGGUAAGGAAACGAUCUGGACUCAGGAUCGGGACUUAGUACGCACCAAACUCACCAAUUGUUUGAAAUUGAAUCACAUUUACAGGGAAACCUAUCACGCUGUUAAAUCACAACCGUUCCUACCGGAUCAAAUUCCCUUUGCAUUCUCAGAAAACUAUGUAUUUGGCAAGUUCGACACUUUUUGUGAUCGUUUGUCCAAGAUAAUAGCCAUGUUUAAUCUGAUCGACGAUUAUAACCAUUUGUUUGAGAGACGCUUGGAAGGCCUUCUACUUGGCGAAGCGCUAGAGGAUGCAAUUAACGCGUUCGAUGAAGCUCGGGUAGAAAUAAUAAUGAAAAAGUACGACUACCUGGAUCAGCGCAAUCUGGACUUCAACAAUGAUUUUCAGAUUUUCCUACAGAAGACAGAUACUUUAAAAGAAACUAUUGCUUCGAUGAUUGAACAUAACUUUGACAGCGUUUGGGAGACACCUCAAGGUAUCCGCUUCUUGGUCCGCUUUGAGAAGGUCAGUGAAAAAAUCCCGCUCAGUACGAUGGAUGAAAAAUAUCAGCGAGUGUCCAAGUAUUGUGAGAAAGAGAUCGAUCGUAUCUUGAAGCUCUUUAGGAAACAGCGUGAUGAUCCGCCAUUACCGCGAAAUUUCCCACCGAUUGCUGGACGUAUCAAAUGGUGUCGUUCGUUGGAGUACCACCUUAACGAGUUGGUAACCACCGUUACGACCCAUCCGGUGCUGGCCACGCUGCCAUCGACAAAAGACAUCGAAAACCGGUACAGUUCAGCCAAGAUAAUCCUAGCGGAAUAUGAGCAGGAGAUGACCCAAAUUUGGCUCAGUCAGGAUGUCAGCGUUGCGGACGCCUGCUUGGUGCAGCCAAUUUUGGCGUUGCAGGGUGACAGAUUAGUGGUCAAUUUGCACCCCACCAUUCCGCUGCUCAUUCGCGAAAGUAAAUGUAUGGCAAAGAUGAAAAUCGAUCUGCCGAUCGUCGCUGCUACGUUACUUUGCAAGCAGAACCAUUUUAGUACUAUUCAGGAUUCGUUAAACAGUUUGAUAAAAAUGUUUUUGAACACUAUCAAAAAAGUUAAACUUGAGGUGCGACCGUUGCUGCUUCCGCAGCUUGUCAGGCUAACGGCAAUGAUGAAACCUGGAUUGAAGUCCAUAAAUUGGACUAGUCCCAGAUGGAUGGAAUUCUACGACAACUGUAAAGAAGCCAUCGAAACAUUUGAUGUGUUAGUGGCUCGAGUGCACGACAUUUACUCGAACCGUAUUUUACAUGUGUUAACAUCGAUGCAAGAUAUUCAACUGCAAUCGUUACCGAAUGACGACGAAAUGUGGACCGUGGACGAGUUUCUGGAGACUACCGAAGAAACAUGCCGACAAGCAGCGAGUGAGCUGAACCGUAAAAGCCAAAUGGUUGAGGAAGCGGUCGAAGAAGUCCUGGACUUGGUGCAUCGAGCUUCGCAAAUUUUCAAACGCAUGGUUGGAGCAGAAAACGACUUCUUCGUAGACGAAACCGAAAGAAAACCGUCGGAGAAGUCAUCUCCAACUCCAGGGGCGGGGAAUGAUGAUGGUAGUGGUCAGCAGCAGGACUGGAGUAUUCUUUGGUCGUGCUUCGAAAAUCCACUGCAACUAUUAUCUCACCAUGGAGGUGGACUGCCCAAAGGGAUGCAGGAUAUGGUAUUCAACGCAGUGUCGGAAAUGCGGCGUUACUACAGCCGGAAAGUAAUCGAUGUCCUCAUACGAGUCACCCGAACUUCGUUGGACUGUCUGAGGCGGCGGUUCAUCGAAGUGGAAGGUGAAGAUCUUCCGAGAAAACCAAUAUUUAUUUUGCAAUCGCUGUUGAUGAUACCGAAUGUUACGAUUCGACCGAAUCUUGAGGAGCUACAAGAGGCUUUAGCGAUUGCAGGGAAACAAAUUACCGGUGUGUCUAAGGGUGUCGCCCAGUGGAAUACAGGUAAAGACGCCGAAGACAAGCAGAGACCGUCCGCCGUCGCUCUUGCUACUGCUGCAACUGCAGCCAAAAUAGCUAGGGCAAAUGCAGCGGCAUUGGAUGAAAAGUCUCGUCGUCGAAAGAUGUAUAGACUUCAGUCAGAAGAGAAACCGAAGAUGGUUCACAUGACGAAAAGUUUUUACAGUUAUGUCAUGGACAACAAAGAAGUGGUAAAAACAUUAUCUCUUUUGUCGAGCUGCAUUCGCAAUAUGAAACCUGAAUUGCAUCAGUUCGUGGACAAAUGGAAGCCAUAUCACUUUUUGUGGAAAAAUGAUAAAACCAUUCGUCAGCUUUUGGAGUACUCACUUUUGGAUUUUGAGAGUACGCUCCGUAGGUUAGUAGAUUUGGAUAGCAACCUGUUGGUGGAACCAGAUAUGCAGUUUUUUGGACAGAGUAUUGCUCUUUCUACUGAGAAAUUGAAGUUUGGUCUCGCAAUUGAAAUUAAAUCUUGUACUCACAAACUAGGACAGGCAAUGAAGAAGAAAUAUAAACGUGAAAUGGACUACGUUUACGCAGUAAUCAAUGAAAUGGAUCGAAAGCUAGAUCGUCAAAUCCGCGAUCUUGAUGAUGUCCGUACUAUAAUGGAUACUCUAUGCAAGAUCCGUGAACAAGAGGUCGACAUGGAGUUGAAGAUCGAACCAAUUGAAGAUGCCUUCAACAUGAUGCACAAAUAUGAGAUUCAGGUCGACCGAGAGCAAAUGGAUCAGGUCGACAAUCUGCGCUACACUUGGGUUCGUUUGCAGUCUCGUGCUAAAGAAGUACACUGCAAGCUACUCGAGAUGCAACCAGAUUUCCAAAGUGACCUGCGAGCCAAUUUGGAGCGGUUCAAACAGGACAAAAUCGAUUAUGUGGCCGAAUAUCGGGCGUCCGGUCCGAUGCAAACUGGGCUGACACCACGUGAAGCGUCCGACAAAUUGUUGCUCUUCCAAAAUCGAUUCGACGGAAUGUGGAGAAAGCUCCAGACUUAUCAGAGUGGCGAGGAAUUGUUUGGUUUGCCUCAAUCAGACUAUCCUGAACUUGGCCAGAUCAAGAAGGAGCUGAACUUGCUACAGAAGUUGUACAAGCUUUACAACGAUGUCAUUGAUCGGGUCAGCAGCUACUAUGAUAUUCCUUGGAGUGAUGUCGACAUCGAAGAGAUCAACAAUGAGCUGAUGGAGUUCCAGAAUCGGUGCCGCAAGCUACCGAAGGGUCUCAAGGAGUGGCCCGCCUUUUACGCGCUCAAACGAACAAUUGAUGACUUCAAUGACAUGUGUCCAUUGCUUGAGCUAAUGGCAAAUCGAGCGAUGAAACCACGUCAUUGGCAGAGAAUCAUGGAGGUAACAAAGUACACCUUCGAGUUUGAUAGCGAAGGUUUUACGCUGAAGCACAUUCUGGAAGCACCCUUACUGAAACACAAGGAGGACAUCGAAGAUAUUUGCAUAUCAGCAAUGAAAGAAAAGGACAUUGAAGCGAAACUGAAACAGGUUACGAACGAAUGGUCCGCACAUGAACUGAGCUUCAUGACGUUCAACAACCGCGGAGAGCUACUGUUGCGAGGUGACACCACGGCCGAAACAAUCGGUCAACUCGAAGAUAGCCUCAUGGUGCUGAGUUCUCUACUUUCUAAUCGAUAUAAUGCACCAUUCCGCAAACAAAUUCAACAGUGGGUUUACGAUUUGUCUAACUCUAACGAUAUUCUCGAACGCUGGUUAUUGGUACAAAACAUGUGGGUCUACUUGGAGGCUGUAUUCGUUGGCGGAGACAUUGCCAAACAGCUUCCGAAAGAAGCCAAGCGGUUUUCUAAAAUUGACAAAUCAUGGCAAAAAAUUAUGCAGCGAGCCCACGAAACACCCGGCGUAGUUGCCUGCUGCGUUGGAGAUGAUUUGCUGAAACAGUUGCUACCGCAUCUACAGGAACAACUCGAGUUGUGCCAGAAAUCGCUAAGCGGCUACUUGGAGAAGAAACGUAUGAUGUUUCCGCGAUUUUUCUUCGUUUCCGAUCCUGCUCUACUGGAAAUUCUUGGGCAAGCGUCCGACUCGCAUACAAUACAGAACCAUUUAUUGUCGAUCUUUGACAACACUCGCUACGUAAAGUUCCACGACAUCGAAUACAACAAAAUGAUGGCGAUAACUUCCUCCGAAGGCGAGCAGAUUCCUCUGGAUCGUGCAAUUCGAGCAGAAGGUUCAGUCGAAACGUGGCUUACGUCGCUGUUGCAGUCGAUGCAGCAAUCACUUCAUUCCAUCAUCCGUCAAGCGUACGCUCUGAUGAAUGAUCCAAAUUUCGUCCUACUGUCGUUCCUGGAGAAACUUCCUGCGCAGGUUGGUUUGUUAGGAAUUCAAAUGAUUUGGACCAGAGACGCUGAAAUGGCAUUGAUGCAAGCGCGUCACGAAAAGAAGGUGAUGUCCGAAACGAACAACAAAUUCUUGGAGCUUUUGAACAAUUUGAUUGACCAGACAACCAGGGAUUUGACGAAAAUUGAAAGGACUAAGUUUGAAACAAUGAUCACGAUUCACGUUCAUCAAAGAGAUAUUUUUGAUAUUCUGUGUAGAAUGAAUAUUCGUUCCGUAAAUGAUUUCGAAUGGUUAAAACAGUGCAGAUUUUACUUUAAGGAAGACAUUGACAAAACCUGGAUUAAUAUAACAGACGUUACAUUCGUUUAUCAGAAUGAAUACUUGGGAUGCACUGAUCGUCUGGUAAUCACACCACUUACUGACAGAUGCUAUAUAACUUUAGCACAGGCUUUAGCCUUGAGUAUGGGUGGAAGUCCUUGUGGUCCAGCUGGUACCGGGAAAACCGAAACUGUUAAGGAUAUGGGAAAAACACUGGCUAAGUACGUAGUCGUCUUCAACUGCUCGGAUCAAAUGGAUUACCGUGGCUUGGGACGAAUUUACAAAGGUCUUGCACAGUCUGGAUCGUGGGGUUGCUUCGAUGAGUUCAACCGAAUUGAGUUACCGGUUCUGUCAGUAGCGGCUCAACAGGUGGCAGUUAUUUUAACCGCAAGAAAGGAAAAGAAGAAGCGGUUUGUGUUUACCGAUGGUGAUGACAUAGAAAUGAACACGGAGUUUGGUGUAUUUAUUACCAUGAAUCCGGGAUACGCCGGUCGUAAAGAGCUGCCGGAAAAUUUGAAAAUACAAUUCCGUACUGUGGCAAUGAUGGUGCCUGAUAGACAGAUUAUUAUCCGAGUGAAACUAGCUUCAUGCGGGUUUCUUGAGAACAUCACUCUUGCACGAAAGUUCUACACACUGUACAAACUGUGUGAGGAACAAUUGACCAAACAGGUUCACUACGAUUUUGGAUUGAGAAACAUUUUAUCAGUACUGAGAACACUUGGAGCAGCGAAAAGAGUGAACACCAAGGAUAGUGAAAGCACAAUUGUCAUGAGAGUACUUCGUGAUAUGAAUCUAUCGAAGCUGAUUGAUGAGGAUGAACCACUGUUUAUGUCCUUAGUAUCCGAUUUGUUCCCGAAUCAAUCAUUGGAAAAGACCAGCUACGGGGAAUUAGAGACGGCAAUUGCCAACCAAGUUGAUCAAGCGGGCUUGAUUUAUCACCCACCGUGGAUCCUCAAACUUAUCCAACUAUACGAGACCCAACAGGUUCGUCAUGGAAUUAUGACACUUGGACCUCCUGGAGCUGGCAAGACCUGCUGCAUUCGCAUACUGAUGAAAGCCUUGACCGAUAUAGGAAUAAUUCACAAGGAAAUGCGUAUGAAUCCAAAGGCCAUAACCGCUGCGCAGAUGUUCGGACGUUUGGACGUAGCUACGAACGAUUGGACCGACGGUAUCUUCUCUGCCCUCUGGCGGAAAACACUGAAAGCAAAGAAAGGCGAACAUACCUGGCUUGUGCUGGACGGCCCGGUCGACAGUAUUUGGAUCGAGAAUUUGAACUCGGUGCUCGAUGAUAACAAAACACUGACGCUUGCCAACGGGGAUCGGCUUUCGAUGGCACCGACCUGUAAGAUUAUUUUCGAACCUCACAACAUUGACAACGCAUCACCUGCGACGGUGUCCCGCAACGGAAUGGUUUAUAUGAGUUCCUCAGGUUUGGACUGGAAACCAAUUUUACUAGCCUGGCUGAAGACACGUAGUGUACAGGAGAAGAAAAUAUUCAACGAUUUAUUCGAAGGAUCGUUCCUAAAGAUUUACACCUGGGUUAUUCAGAAUCUGUUUCUGAUGAUGGAAGUGUUGCAGUGUAACAUUAUUCAGCAGAUGAUCUACCUACUCGAUGGAUUGGUUCCAGUCAUGGGAGAAAGCGAACAGGAAACUGCGCUCUCUACCACCGGAAGUCUUGAUGACGACAUUGGCGACGACGAGGUUCCCAAAACAAAAGAUGAGGCUUGUACGCCGGAGCAUUUGCAUCGUUUGUAUAUCUUUGCAUUGGCGUGGGGUAUCGGAGCGUACCUCAACACAGCGGACCGUCUUAAGUUGGACGCACAUAUUAAGAAGAACUUUCGCAGUCUGGAUUUCCCUACUUCGGAGGAAAAACCAGAUUCGACGAUAUUUGACUAUUUCGUGUCGGCCACUGGCAGUUGGCAGUUGUGGAAAACUCUAGUGAUGCCCUACGUCUAUCCGGAAAAUUCUACUCCGGAUUAUUUAAGCAUACUGAUUCCAAUUGUGGACAACGUUCGAAUCGAUUUUCUGAUCAACGUGAUCGUGAAGCAGGAAAAGGCUGUUUUGCUUAUCGGGGAGCAAGGGACAGCGAAAACCGUUAUGAUGAAAAGCUUUAUGAAAAAACUUAACUCGGAAGUUCACAUGGGACGGUCGUUUAAUUUCUCGUCUGCCACAAGUCCGUACCACUUUCAAAAAACGAUCGAAAGUUACGUCGAAAAGCGAUUGGGUAAUAUGUUCGGACCAAGUGGUGGCCGAAAGCUUCUGGUUUUUAUAGACGACAUCAACAUGCCUCAGAUAAACGAAUGGGGUGAUCAAAUUACUAAUGAGAUCGUACGGCAGACCAUGGAUAUGAAAGGUUUUUACAGUUUGGAGAAGCCAGGAGAGUUUACCAAUAUCGUAGAUGUGCAGUUUGCCGGAGCAAUGGGUUUGCCCGGUGGUGGUAGAAGUGAUAUACCGGCACGACUCAAACGGCAGUUCAGCGUGUUUAACUGCAACAUUCCCGAUCAUACGUCGAUAGAUACGAUCUUCAGAACACUCGGCGAAGGUCACUACAAUGUGAAACGUGGUUUCACACUUGAGGUACGAAAACUGGUUAAACGUUUAGUACCACUAACUCGAACAUUAUGGCAGCAUACUAGAGAACGGCUGUUACCGACUCCAGCAAAGUUCCACUACAUAUUUAGUUUGAGAGAUCUAUCCCGUAUAUGGCAGGGAAUGAUCGGUACACUGUCGACGGUGAUCAUUUCUGAAGCAGUACUGAUACUGCUGUGGAAAAACGAAUGUACCCGAGUGUUCGCGGAUCGUUUUGUAUCGCUGUCAGACACGGAAUGGUUCCUGGAAGAAAUGCUACAAGUGUUGGAUAAAGAGCUUGGGCCCGAAUACAAAGAAAUGGCAGCAACGAGUCCAGUUUUCGUAGAUUUUAUGCGAGACGCACCGGAACCUACCGGGGAGGAAGGUGAAGAAACAGACAUGGAGUUACCGAAAGUUUAUGAACCGGUUUCGGAUUUCGAAAUAUUGCGCGAGCGGCUGAAGAUGUUUUUACUGCAGUUCAACGAAAUGAUUCGUGGCACGGGAAUGGAUCUAGUGUUUUUCCCGGAUGCGAUGCUACAUCUCGUGAAAAUAUCAAGAAUCAUCCGUCAUCCUAGAGGGAAUGUAAUGUUGGUGGGAGUUGGUGGAUCCGGUAAGCAAUCGCUUACCAAACUUGCUUCGUUCAUCGCCGGAUACAAGACCUUCCAGAUCAGUUUAACACGCUCCUACAACGUAGCAAACUUUCUUGAAGAUUUGAAACUCUUGUACCGAUCUUGUGGUGUACAAGGCAAAGGAACUACUUUUCUUUUCACCGACAUGGAUGUCAAAGAGGAAAGCUUCCUCGAGUAUUUGAACAAUAUACUUUCAUCGGGAGUGAUUUCGAACCUUUUUAACCGCGACGAACAGACGGAAAUCGUCUCGGAGUUAACACCCACAAUGAAGCGGGAGAACCAGAAGAAGAACGUGACACAAGAAACGGUAAUGGAGUAUUUCCUGCAACGAGUAUGUCACCAUCUUCACGUGGUCUUUUGCUUCUCACCGGUCGGCGAAACUUUCCGACGCAGAAUUAUGCGGUUCCCGGCGCUGGUAUCUGGCUGUACAGUAGACUGGUUCCAGCCGUGGCCGAAAGAUGCGUUGGUUGCAGUAGCCCGACACUUUUUAACAGAUUUUUCCAUCGAAUGCACGGCAGAGGUGAAGGAUGAGCUAGUGAAUGCUCUCGGAACUAUUCAAGACAUAGUAUCGGUGACAUCAUCUGAGUACUACCAACGGUUCCGGCGAGCAACGCAUGUAACUCCCAAGUCGUACCUGAAUUUUAUAGCCGGGUAUAAGAGCAUUUAUACUCAGAAACACAAGGAGUUGUGCGACGGAGCGGAGAAGAUGGAUACUGGUCUGGAAAAACUGGCCGAAGCUUCGGAGUCAGUUGAAAUUCUCAAGAUAGAUUUGGCUCACAUGGAGAAAGAGCUAGUCGAAGCGUCUGCCAAGGCUGAACGAGUGUUGGUAGAAGUAACUGAGCGAGCCAUGCAAGCUGAAGUAUUCAAAAAUCAAGUUCAAGUAGUGAAAGAGAAGGCCGAAGCCCUGGUGCAAAACAUAGCGGCGGAAAAGGCUCUAGCCGAAGAAAAGUUGGAAGCUGCCAAACCGGCACUAGAAGAAGCUGAAGCAGCAUUGAAUACCAUCAAACCGGCUCACAUAGCAACAGUUCGUAAGCUUGGUAGACCACCGCAUUUAAUUAUGCGUAUUAUGGAUUGUGUAUUGAUAAUGUUCCAGCGUAAAUUGCAUCCGGUAAUUGCGGACACGAGUGCGCCAUCUCCGAAACCUUCCUGGCAAGAGUCACUGAAAAUGAUGGCCAGCACUACGUUCUUGCUUCAGCUGCAAAACUACCCGAAGGAUACGAUCAACGAUGAGAUGAUUGAGCACCUGCAGCCCUACUUCCGCAUGGAGGAUUACAACAUGGACACUGCAAGAAGGGUGUGUGGCGACGUCGCUGGGUUAUUAUCUUGGACUAAAGCUAUGGCAUUCUUCCAUGGGGUGAAUAAGGAAGUGUUGCCGUUGAAGGCAAAUUUGAUGCUGCAGGAAGCUCGUCUGAAGAUCGCCAUGGACGAUCUGGCAGCGGCGGAAAAUCAGUUAGCAGAACGAGAGGCAGCACUGCAGAAAGUCAAGGAUCAGUACGAUGCUGCGGUUUCCGAAAAACAGCGAUUGACGGAUGCUGCGAACAGCUGCUUGCGCAAGAUGACGGCUGCUACUGCAUUGAUAAAUGGACUCGGAGGCGAAAAGGCGCGUUGGACGCAACAGAGUAAGGAGUUUAAAAUUCAACUGGGAAAAUUGGUAGGUGAUGUCUUGCUUGCUACUGGAUUCCUGUCCUAUUGUGGCCCGUACAACCAAGAGUUUCGAGGAACUCUGUUUAAAACAUGGAUGAAUAUUUUGAGAACUCGAACCAUCCCGUAUACGACAGGUCUUAGUAUCAUCGGAAUGUUGACAGAUUCUGCCACUAUUUCAGAAUGGAACUUACAGGGAUUACCGAAUGACGAAUUAUCCAUACAGAAUGCAUUGAUCGUGACAAAAUCCAGCAGUUAUCCAUUGUUGAUCGACCCGCAAAGCCAGGGUAAGAUAUGGAUCAAAUGCAAAGAAGAUCAGAACGAGCUCCAAAUAACGUCCCUGAAUCACAAGUACUUCAGAACUCAUUUGGAAGACAGCUUGUCUUUGGGACGUCCUUUACUGAUUGAGGAUGUUGGUAUCGAGUUGGAUCCGGUUAUAGACAAUGUAUUGGAGAAAAAUUUCAUCAAAUCUGGAUCGUUGGAGAAAGUGCUGGUGGGUGAUAAAGAAUGUGAUGUUAUGCCGGGUUUUAUGCUGUACAUAACCACGAAACUACCGAACCCACCGUUUAGCCCGGAAAUCAGUUCGAAAACAUCGAUUAUUGAUUUCACUGUAACAAUGAGAGGUCUGGAAGAUCAACUGCUUGGACGAGUGAUUCUGAUGGAGAAAGCGGAUUUGGAGUCGGAGAGAGUACAACUGUUCGAGAGUGUGAUGAAGAACCAACGGAGCAUGAAGGAGUUAGAGGGUAAUCUGCUACUCCGUUUGACAUCGACGGAGGGUUCCCUAGUUGACGACGAGGCGCUCAUCGAGGUGCUUCAGGAGACCAAAACUACCGCAGAAGACGUAAACCAGAAGUUGAAGAUUGCUGAGGUCACUGAGAAAAAAAUCAUGAUCGCUCGAGAAGAGUUCCGUGCCGUUGCGGCACGUGGUUCGAUUCUGUACUUUUUGAUCGUUGAAAUGUCCAAUGUGAACGUGAUGUAUCAGAACUCUCUGAAACAGUUUCUGAUAAUAUUUGAUAAUUCAAUUACAAAGUCCGCCAAGAGUAACAUUACGGAAGAACGUAUUAAUAUAAUAUUGAAAUAUUUGACCUACGAAGUGUGGGCCUUCACCAGUCGGAGCUUGUAUGAGAGACACAAGCAACUCUUUACGCUAAUGUUGGCCAUAAAAAUCGACUACCAGAAAGGAAAUAUUAGUCAUGACGAGUUUAUGGCGUUCGUCAAAGGCGGUGCUUCAUUGGAUCUGAAUGGGGUUGCCCCCAAACCGUUUCGUUGGAUUCUUGACAUAACUUGGUUGAAUUUGGUAGAAAUUAGUAAACUGAAAACGUUCCACGGGAUUCUGAAAAAGAUUGAGUAUAACGAACGAGAGUGGAGGCUCUGGUACGAGACAGAAAGACCGGAGAUGGAAGUGAUUCCUUGUGACUACGAACAUGAACUGGAUGUGUUUAGGAAGCUACUGUUGAUUAGAUCAUGGAGCCCUGAUAGGACUAUUUCGCAGGCUAGGCGAUACAUUGAGUUCUCGCUUGGAAAGGAGUAUGGUGAAAUGCAUAUUCUAGAUUUGGAGCUAACUUGGGUUGAAUCAGAGCCCAGAACACCGUUAGUUUGUAUCUUGUCCAUUGGAUCCGAUCCUACAGUGCAGAUUGCAGCAUUGGCAAAAACGAAGGGAAUAUUACUGAAGACGGUUUCCAUGGGUCAAGGUCAAGAGUAUCACGCACGUAAACUGAUGACAGACUGCAUGUCCAUGGGAGGUUGGCUAUUGCUGCAGAACGUACAUCUAUCGCUGUCAUUCUGUAACGAAAUUAUUGAUAUUCUCAUCGAAACGGAACAUGUGGCGGACUCGUUUCGUCUCUGGGUAACCACCGAAACGCACCCACAAUUCCCAAUCGGAUUGCUGCAAAUGGCGAUAAAGUUCACUAAUGAACCUCCGCAAGGGAUCAGAGCCAGUUUGAAGCGCAGUUAUCUCACAUACACCCAAGAUUAUUUAGAUUACACAUCCGCACCACAGUGGCCUCCGUUGUUGUACACCGUAGCGUUUCUACACUGUGUCGUUCAGGAACGACGUAAGUUUGGACCCUUGGGCUGGAAUAUACCGUAUGAGUUUAACGCAGCAGAUUUCUCUGCUAGUGUUCAGUUUAUCCAGAAUCACCUCGACGAAAUGGAUCCAAAGAAGGGCGUUUCGUGGCAAACGCUUUGCUACAUGCUUGGUGAGGUUAUGUAUGGUGGCAGGGUUACCGACGACUUUGACAAACGCUUGCUUACCACCUUUACACAGGUAUGGUUCUCCGAGCAUCUUUUGACACCAAGUUUUGAAUUUUACCGCGGCUAUCGAGUACCAAACUCAAGAAAUAUUCAAACUUAUAUCGAUUAUAUUAACCAAUUGCCCACCACCGAUACUCCAGAGGUGUUUGGGCUUCAUCCGAAUGCGGAUAUUACUUAUCAAAUCAAUACGGCAAAGGGUAUUCUGGAUACAAUUCUCAGCGUGCAACCGAAGGAAGGAGGAGGCGGUGGGGGGGAAACCCGGGAGUCGAUCGUCUGUCAGCUGGCCAACGAUAUGCUCAGGAAGCUUCCACAGCAGUAUGUGGCAUUCGAGGUAAAGGAAUCGUUAACCCGAAUGGGUGCGUUGUUGCCGAUGAAUAUCUUUUUAAGACAGGAGAUCGACCGCAUCCAGCGUGUCAUCAACACCGUUUAUACCAAUCUGUGCGACCUGAAGUUGGCCAUCGAUGGAACCAUUGUAAUGAGCCACUAUCUGCGGCAAUCGUUGGACGCGAUGUACGACGCACGCAUUCCGGAAAAAUGGCAAAAGAUUUCUUGGGAAUCCACCACCUUAGGAUUCUGGUACACCGAAUUAUUGGAGAGGAAUCAGCAAUUUCGAACUUGGAUUAACAGUGAUCGUCCAAAGGUAUUCUGGAUGACUGGAUUUUUUAAUCCUCAAGGAUUUUUGACUGCAAUGAGACAGGAAGUAACUCGUGCUCAUAAGGGUUGGGCCCUAGAUUCGGUGGUACUACAGAAUCAAAUUACCCGUCACAACAAGGAAGAUAUCCACGAUUUUCCUCAGGAAGGAGUGUAUGUGCAUGGAUUGUUUUUGGAAGGAGCAUCGUUGGAUCGCCGCAGUGGAAAAUUGAUUGAAUCGAAAGCAAAGAUUUUAUACGAACAGAUGCCGGUUAUUUACAUUUACGCUAUCAAUACGACCGCCGGUAAGGAUCCCCGACUCUACGAGUGUCCGAUUUAUCGUAAGCCGCAGCGAACCGAUCAGAAGUAUGUUGGCUCGAUAGACUUCGAGACUGAUUUCAACCCGCGCCACUGGACCUUGCGAGGAGUCGCUUUGCUCUGUGACAUCAAAUAAAAAGAAUGUCUGUUUUGUUCACCGUUGCUGUUUUCCGCACUUGUUCCUUGUUCUGUAAAAUAGAAUUAACCUAAUUAGUAGCCAAAAGUGAAAUGUUGAAUUUUAAAGUCAACCAUACAUAUCUAGAGCACCGUCCUUGUCUGUCACUUCUCAGAAAAUUUACGACUUCAUUAGAAAGUGUUUCAAAUAUAGCUUAUUAGGGAUUUAUGAAAAAUAAAACUCCAAGACAAGUGCCUCCCGUUA